AUGUGCUCUCACUGUGGGGCUGGGUUCAGACAAUCAUGUGAUCUUCAUAAUCACCAGCAGAUUCACACUGGGGAAAGACCAUUCACCUGCUCUCAAUGUGGGAAGACAUUUGCUCAGAAAUCCACCCUGCUCAAACAUCAGCGAAUUCACACAGAGGAUCGACCUUAUAAAUGCCCAGACUGUGCUAAGUGCUGUAAAAGUUCUGGGGUUCUGAUGUCCCAUCAACGUGUUCACACUGACGAGAGACCAUUCAGGUGCCGUCACUGUGGGAGUCGGUUUAAGUGGUCAUCCCAACUCACUGUUCUCACAGAGGAGAGACCUUCUCAGUGUCCAGAAUGUGGGAAGUGCUACAAAAUCUCAGUGGAUCUGGUGACCCAUCAACGUGUUCACGCCAAUGAGAAACCGUUCAGGUGCUCUCACUGUGGGGCUGGGUUCAAGUGGUUAACCCAACUCACUAUACAUCAGCGAUCUGACACUGGGGAGAGGCAGUUCACUUGCACUGAGUGUGGGAAGAGAUUUGCUGUGAAAUCCAACCGGCAAGAAACACCGGCAAGUUGA